AUGGGUGCCUGGUCUUUGCCUUCCUGCCCUCCCCAGUGCUUUCCGGCCUCUAGACGCGGGCUGAUGCACGCGGACACCAGGCAGCAGAGGCGCCUUCGCUCCGGAGGGAACCUCAUCAGGGAAGCGUGUCUGGGCUGCUGCCAGGGCCGCUGGCAGGGGGCGACCUCAGGGCCAGGGCAGGACCGGAUGGACCUCCCUCCCAGCCAAGACCCCGGGGCAGGAAUCAGGCAGCUCCCGCAGCUCCUACUUCAAGACUUGGGGCUCAGCUGGGAGAAGCCAGGCCGCGGACCCCACACCGGAGUCACCAGCAGGCUGCCCUCAGUCACCUGCAAGCUUUCAAAAAGCACAGCUGUCCAAACGCAGCAAGUGGCACCAAACCCCAGCGCCGGGGCUCUGUGA